AACAAGCCCACGGAGUCUACAGGCCUCUGGAAGGAUGGCGAACAGCAUGCAUCGUCAGGAGUUCGAUCUUCCGAGUGAGCUUCCCGCAGAAGACAUCAAUGAACUAUAUCACAGCCAUGACUCGACCUCGACCACGCAAUUCGAUGCCGAACCGGGUAAGGAGGAGCCUGUCGGCGGGCGACAACCCACUGGGAUGAAGCCAGAAGGGGGCCGUGACACGAACGAUGCGGUGGAGAAGAUAGGAGCUGCCGCGGUUACGACGCAGCUGGCUCGAGGGCCUGAGGGAGCUCCGGAUGGUGGCAUGAAAGCGUGGCUGACUGUGCUCGGUGGCUUCUGCGGCAUGUUCGUCAGCUUCGGCUGGGUCAAUUGCAUGGGCAUUUUCAUCGAUUAUUACAAAACGCAUCAACUGAAGGACGAGUCCACGAGUACUGUGACAUGGGUCACUUCGCUGAUGACGUUCAUGAUGUUCUUUGGGGGUCCGUUUGUAGGAAUCCUCUUCGACAACUUCGGCCCCCGAUACAUCAUGCUGGCAGGCACAUUCUUCCACGUCUUCGGACUGAUGAUGAUCUCCAUCUCAUCGGAGUACUAUCAAUUCCUCCUCGCACAAGGUAUCUGCAGUCCGAUCGGAACCAGCGCUCUAUUCCACUGCAGCAUCAACUCCAUCAGCACCUGGUUCGGCCGGCGCCGCGCCCUCGCCCUUGGUAUUGCAACCAGCGGAGCCAGCCUGGGGGGCGUCGUCCUUCCGAUUAUGCUGACCCGACUGUUUGAGCUGCUCGACUUCGGCUGGGCGGUGCGCAUCUGCGCUUUUCUGAUCCUCUUCUGCCUGAUCCUCGCCAACUGCACCCUGCGCUCCCGCCUCCACCACCGCAGGAAACCCUUCCACCUCAUCGCCUUCAUCCGUCCCCUCCGCGAGAUCCCCUUCCUCCUGACCACUGCCGGAACUUUUUGUUUCUUCUGGGGCAUGUUCCUGCCCUUCUCCUUCAUCCCCAGUCAAGCGCAAAAGAACGGCAUGUCCGCCUCUCUAGCCUCGUACCUCAUCCCGAUCAUGAAUGCCGCCAGCACACCCGGCCGCAUCAUCCCUCCCUACCUCGCCGACCUCUUCGGCCGCUUCAACCUCAUGAUCCUCAUGACGUUAUUGUCGGUCAUUCUCGUCCUCGCCCUCUGGCUCCCCACGCACGGCAACGUCCCCUCCAUCCUCUUCAGCGCCUUCUACGGGUUCGGUUCCGGCACCGCCGUCUCGCUGGCCCCCGCGCUCGUCGCCCAGAUCUCCGAGAUCCAGGAGAUUGGCGUCCGCAGCGGCACGUAUUUCUUUAUUGUGAGCUUCGCCGCGCUGACGGGGACGCCCAUCGCGGGCGCCCUCCUGCCGGAUCCCCUGCACGGCUCGUAUCUGAAGCUGAAUGUCUUCUGCGCGGUGGUGAUGUUUUCGGGGGUGGGGUUUUAUUGUGCGGCGAAGUUGUGGAUUAGUGGGGGGAGGGUGUGGAACAAGGUUUGA